UAUAAACUAUGUAUUCAGAAGAUACCAUAUGUAUUUAUAAGUUUAGUUAAUUAUUAAAUAUUUCUGAAGAGAGGACAGCAGAGCUGACCUGCCUGAGCAGCCCUCCUUGGGAACCUUUCUGAAGCUAAAGUUCUUUUCCAAUGCAAGGACAGAGCAGGCAGCAGAAAUCAUGAAGUCCCACUCAGCCACUUCCCACAGAGGAUUUGUUUCCUGGCAGGUGCUCCUGUGGACAGCCUCACUUUUAACCUCCUGGAGCCCACCCACCACGGCCCAAAUGAGUAUUGAAGCAUUUCCUUUUGAUACUGCUAUAGGGGAAGAUGUUCUUCUAGUUAUCAAGAAUAGGACAAGAAACGCUAGAGCCUAUACCUGGUACAGAGGGGAAUGGGUUACUCCUGUCAGAAAAAUUGGAGCAUUUACAUUAGCCACUGACAGCUCUGCGUAUGGGCAGGCAUACACCCGAGAGACGAUAUAUGGCGAUGGAACCAUGCUGUUGCAGAACCUUACUACAGCAGACAUAGGAAUCUAUACUGUGCAAAUCAUAUUGCAAAAUUUUCUGAGUGUUUUGAUAUCUGGAGAGUUUCAUUUACACCCGCCAGUGUUAGCACCCUCUCUCCAGAUCCCCCUAACCGAACUCCCAGAAAAUGAUACUGCAGUCCUGACCUGCUCCUCAGAAGAGCAUGUACUCUCCAUUGAGUGGUACUUCAACAACCAGACUCUGGAGCUCACAGAGAGGAAGACUCUGUCUGUGGACAACUUCACCCUCACCAUAGAACCAUUCAAGACAGAUGUUGGGGAGUAUAUGUGUCAGGUCUCUAAAAUUGGCAGUUUCAAGAAAAGUAACCUCAUCAGUCUAUCUGUGAAAUAUAUACCACCACCACCACCACCACCAACUCCUCGCCCCCCCCCCCAAAUCUAAUGGCAUUAUGGUUCCAAUUGUGGCUGGGGUAGCUCUGCUAAAUGCUCUUUUGUGUUUCUUGUG